AUGCUCCUAAAGGCGGCCGUCACCGCCGUGGCCGCGGCCCAGCUGGCUAUGGCCCAAGAACUCAUGCGGUUCGGGUGCUCCCAGCUGACCAUCGACCGCAUCGACCCCCUCGUCAACCCGGGCAGCCUGCCCUCGCCGCACGUGCAUCAACUCAUCGGCGGCAACUCGUUGAACGUGUCGAUGUCUCCCGAGGACCACGACCUGCCGUCGUUGUCGACCUGCACCAGCUGCACGUACUCGGAGGACUUUUCCAACUAUUGGACCGCCAAUGUGUACUACAAGGCGCGGAAUGGUAGCUACAAGCGCGUGCCGCAGAUGACCAACCUCGGGCUUGGUGUCCAGGCGGGUAUGACGGUGUACUAUAUCCGAGGAUACCAGGCCAGUGCCACUGUCACUGCCUUCAAGCCGGGCUUCCGCAUGCUAGUCGGCGACCCCAGCAACCGGGACGCCUCCCGCGUACCCUCCGGCCUCUGCUUCCGCUGCGAGGAAAACCUCCAGCAGAACCCCUUCGGCGGCGCGCCCUGCACGGGCUCCGACACCAAAGCCUUCCCCAAGGGCACCUGCGGCGGCGGCUGGCGUGUGACCGUCACCUUCCCCUCCUGCUGGGACGGCAAAAACACCGAUACCCCGGACCACAAGAGCCACGUUACGUACCCGGCGUCGGGCACUUUCGAGAGCGGCGGCGCGUGCCCGUCCACCCACCCCGUCAAGAUCCCGCAGGUGAUGUACGAGAUCAUGUAUGACACGCGGCAGUUCAACAACAAGGCCGACUGGCCGGCGGAUGGUAGUCAGCCGUUCUACUGGAGCCAUGGUGAUAACACGGGCUAUGGUAUCCAUGGUGACUAUGUCUUUGGCUGGAAGGGCGACGCGCUGCAGAAGGCUAUGGACGGAAAGUGCUCGGGUGAUAGGUGUGCGCCGUUGCAGCGCCAGACGGAUGCCCAGGCCAUUGCGUGCACCAAGGAGCAACAGGCGAAGGAGGAUAUUGGCACGGAUACGUGGCUCGAUGCCAUUCCCGGCCAGCUCACCCCGACGGUGUAG